CUCUGCUUUUCCUCGGGCUUCUCGGCGGCGGAGGACGGAAACAUGUGCGCCAACAUGCCGCCGGACAGCUUGAACCUGGAGGCCCAGCUCCUGUCCAUCAUGGACGUGCUGGUGAAGGCGGCGGCGGCGGAGAUCAGCCAGCUAUUCUCUGAGAGCGCGGCGUCGCUCCGCAUGCUGCUCAGCCAGAGCCUGAAGGAGAACGAGGCGCUGCGGAUGAGGAUGAAGGUGACGCGGGGCGAGCUGUUCUCCCUCCGGCUGCAGACCCGGAGCAACCGGCCGGCCAGCCGCUUCUCCUCGGUACGGGGAACCGUCCCCAGACCCCGGUUCAAGCCUCACGUUGUCAUUAAGCCUCCGGUGCCUCAAAAAGCUGUUGGGGUCGCAGCCUCUGUUUCUCUACAGUCGGACAACAAGACUUCCUCUGGCACUCAAGUGCAGUGUGCAGAUGUGGAGAGUCCAGAUGUGAUUCUGAUUAAAGAUGAGGAUGACGUGGGAGGAUGUGGACCAGAUGUAGGUCAGGACGACUUCGGAGGCCAUCGUCCACAGGGAGGUGUCACCACAGGGACCCAGAAGUUAGACUCUGGUUCCUCCUGCCAAAAAAGUUAUAGUGAGGAGCUGAGAAUCGUGAGUGUUCUCAGCGGAGGAGAAUUGCCUCUGCAUGGCGAUAGUGACACCCUCUUCACUGCCUCUGAACUUCAGGCUUUCAGCUCCCUGUCUCCAGACCACAGCAUCACCCAUGACGGUCUCCUCAGCUUCACCACCGGUGCCAAUGAUGGCGCCCAACUGAGACUGAUGCAGGAUAACAGCGUUGGACUGGUGGAGGGGAACCAUUCCACUCAAGCAUUGACUUCUGCAAUAAAAACAACCAUAGUCGGAGCCGAUGGUCACGUGGGGCACCCGAGUCACAUCAGCCAGUUCUCCCAGCAGCAGAACAUCUUCUCCCACGGUGUCAGCAAAUCCCUGGACUGCAGCAUCUGUGGCGAGCGCUUCCUCAGCCGCGAAGACCUGAUGGUUCACCGGGCCAGUCACACCGGGGAGUCGCCCGUUGUCUGUACCUUGUGCAGCAAGUCUUUCGUCAACAAGACCACGCUGGGCAUCCACAUGCGCAUUCACACCGGGGAGAAGCCGUACGCGUGUCCGCAGUGCGGCAAGCGCUUCACGCAGAACGGCAGCCUGAAGAUCCACCUGAGGACUCACUCCGGAGAGAAGCCGUACACCUGCAACCAGUGCCCGGCCAGCUUCAACAACCCCAGCAACCUGCGCAGACACAUGAUCACACACAACACAGACGGGCUGCUGUGACCACGGCUGACGAGAACAUUUCAUAUCCUUCACCUUUUUUAGGCUUUCUUACUUUUACUGACACUUGUUUGUUUUGACAUGGGUCCAAUGUAUUUAACAACCUAUGAGCACUUUGUAUGUAUCUAUUGACUUCACGCCAAAACCGUUGUGUGUUGAAUAAUUAGACUUGCAUUUGUUUUGAACUCUAGGAAAAGUAGCAAUAGAAAAGUUCUAUAAUAAAAUAUAUUUUAAAAUUUU